CAGGAAAGCUAUGUGUUCGAAUCUGAGAGCCGCUCAAUUUUUUAUCUUACAGAUGGAAUAUCUGAAAGGAAAACUGAGGAAAACUAUCUUUUUGCUUCGAAAAAUGCGGUCGAACGUCGAGCGUACCUCUGACCUCGAGUUGCACGACAAAUCACGUGUACGUGAGAGCGGCUGACACUGACGUAACUUCCCACCGGAAGCCGCCCGGGCCGCUUGCGUCACUGACACGAUCGCACUGACCGUGGCACAAGCUUCGGGCCUUCUCCCUCCUCACACGUCCAGCAAUCGGCGAAUGGGAAGGCUGAGAUGCCGAGUUGCGUGCGCAUGUGCUGAGCCCUUCGGCUCCGUCUCGGGUGUGACCAAAAUACUUUCAGAACUGCAGAGAUGUACCAUCGCGGGACCGACGACUGCGCAGAGACCUUAGACCGUUUCGGAGCGAGCUUCCUUACUCUUCCUGAGUCCCCAGAAUCAGAGAAGACGGUCGAAACUGCUCACGGCGGAUCGAUUGGCGCGUAUUGGAGAAGCGAGCCGCCUUUUCUUUCGAACCUCAUAGCUCCAUCGAUGAGAGUCGGAUCUCACACACGCGUUUGCAAGAGUAGGCACUGUCGAAGUGCCUGAAGCCAGAAGCUCCCGUUUACCGAGUUGUGCCACAGCUUGCGAAGCAAUUGGUUGCGGGGCGAGCUAACUCGAUUCGUGCUGAUACCAACGAUGCAGCAUCGCAAGGAUGUAGGACCGCCAUGCUUCCACAACUCUUGACUGCAUACGGCAAGAAAGGGUUGCACUCCUGAAGUAUAAGAACAGUAUCUUGUCCCUCUCCAUCGCCUUGCCGCUUGCGGAAUGAAAAGGUCGUGCCUAACACGACAAUCUAUCGCUUUGCUCUCAGUCGUCUCGGACCUCUCCCCCGAUCGAACCCUCCUGCCCACCAUCCUCCCGCGAAUCGUCAAGCUAAGCGCAGAGAUUUGAGCGAAUUCGGACCGGCAUGACCUCCCUAGCAGCGCCAACCGGCGUUUAAUCUCGCGUUGGGUGGGGCAAGAGUCUGGACCCUAUCAUCUCUCAAGUUCGCCGUCCAACCCAGACAGACGGAUCCCGUUGGUGGUUGGUGUUCCCAGUCCUCAGAAGCCAAUUCACGUUGAGCACGAUCGAUACGAAUGUCGGCCCGCGUAUGUAGAGGACGAUAUCGGAGAAAGCCGCUUUGCACGCGUUCCUGUGCGCUAGGCACGGCGGACGGAAAUGACCCAAAAGCUUAUUGUCGUAGUCGUAUCCAAGAAACAUUCGGCAGUCCUUUGUUGUGUUGGUCGCGGUGAAUGAGGCUGGUUUGACAAAAAGACGGGCCAACGCGUCGCGCGGCACGUGUAUCUCGGCAAAAAGUGAAAAAGUGAAGUGAUUUGGGACCGAUUUCUUCCUCUCCUCCUCCCACCACACUACAUUAAUAACUCUAUCUGCUCUCUGCAACAGAGCGAUGGAUCUUCAAACGCUUUCGAAUCUCUACACCGCGACGCUGAGCAGCAAUCCUAAUGAGCGCCGCGCUGCUGAGCUUGAUAUCCGCAAGGUCGGCAAUGAAACGGGGAUGGUUUCAGCCCUCCUGCAAAUCAUCGCAACGGACAAUAUCGACAUAUCGACCCGCCAAGCGUGUGCAGUAUGGAUGAAAAACCGCGUGCAAAGCGCUUACGCCCUGCCCGAAUCCGGCGCCAACCCUCGGCGACCGGACGCACCGACCAUCGCCGCGUCCGAUCGCGAUGCCCUCCGCAGCCACCUCCUCCCCCUCCUCGCUGCCGCCCCGUCGCGAAGUAUCGCGCUCCAGCUGGCAAGCACGCUCAAGGGCGUGAUCGCACACGACUUCCCUGCGCGAUGGCCAGGGCUGGUGGACACGAUCAAGGCGCUGCUGGGAAGCGGGGACGUGAGGCAGGUACAUGCUGGAUGUGUGGCUUCGUUGGAGGCCGUUAGGGCUUUCCGAUUCCGUCAGAAGAACGACGUCCUGCCCAUGCUUGUGGAAGGCCUCUUCCCUACCCUAGUCUCCAUCGCAAACCAGAUGCUGCAGACCCCACCGAGUGCUGCGCAGGAGAUCCCGACGAUGAUGCACUUGAUACUGAAAACGUACAAGACCUCAUUGGUGGUGCAUUUGACUGCCCACCAACAGGCGGCCGAGAGUCUCGUGCCCUGGGGGCAACUGCUGUUUGCGGUAGUCAAUCUGCAGAUCCCCAAGGAGGCUGUGCCGGAAGAUGUUGAGGAACGGGAGAAGAGUGAGUGGUGGAAGGCGAAGAAAUGGGCGUAUGCCAUCUUGGGCCGUCUUUUCCAUCGCUUCGGUAAUCCGUCACAGCUUCCCUCUGCGAUGCAAGCCGAGUACGGUGCAUUUGCGCAGCACUUUGUCACUGUGUUUGCCCCCGAGAUCCUUGGGAUCUACCUGCAUCAGGUUGAUCUUUACGUUAGCGGCCAAGCAUGGCUGUCCAAAAAGUGCCAGUACCACAUCUUCACGUAUCUGACCGAAUGCAUCAAACCGAAGUCCACUUGGACCCUCUUGAAGCCCCACGCCCAAAAGCUCGUGGAAACGUUCGUGUUCCCGCAACUGUCGUUCAACGAUGAUCGCCGAGAAAUGUGGGACUCGGACCCGGUUGAUUAUGUUCGCGUCGCAGUCGACGAAUAUGAAAGUUUCCAGACACCAGUCUCAGCCGCGACCUCGUUCAUCUUCUCGCUCGCCUCGAACCGGACCAAGUCCGCGUUUAUGCCGAUCCUCGGCUUCGUGAACUCGAUUCUGCGCUCGUCGGCGCCGGCACCGCAGCGGUUCGGUGCGCUCAACAUGACCGCCGCAUUGGGGCCCUGGAUCAUGCGGCACCCGGAGGUCAGCACGAACAUGGAGGGCUUCAUCCUGCAGUUUGUCACGGCAGAGUUCUCCAGCCCAGAACCGUACAUGCGGGCCAUCGCGUGUGAGGUGACGGGGACCUUCGUCAAGGAAGGCUUGAAGUGGACUUCUGAUGAGAACUUGAACGUGCAAUCGCGUGCUGUAGCGGCUGCGCUGGACGAUGUCGAGCUGCCCGUGCGUGUGCAGGGUGCUUUGGCGCUGACGGAGAUGAUCGUGCUGUACGAGUCUGUCCGGACUGCUGUUGCACCCCAGGUCGGCAAGGUUGUCCAAGACCUGCUCAAGCUGUCAGACGAGACGGACCUGGACAUCUUGAACCACAGCAUGGAGGUCAUGGUCGAGGCGUUCCAGGCUGAGCUGUUGCCCGUUGCGGCCCAGCUGACUGCCCGCCUGUGCGAUUCUUACACCCGACUGAUCAAGGAAAGCCUCGAAACAGCGGUCCCCGUCGGCGACAGCACCGACGUUGAUUCCCUGCUUGCCAGCGCCGACGACGACAAGACCUAUGCUGCGAUGGGCAUCUCGAAGACCAUCGGAACAGUUGUGUCCAGUGUCGAUUCGUCGGCGGAGAUUCUCGCGCAGGUGCAGGAGGUCAUCAUCCCGAUCAUCGUGUACACUCUGGAGAACAAGAUUCUUGAUCUGUUUGACAACAUGUACGACCUGGUGGACAGCUUGACGUUCAAGCUCCGCAGCAUCUCGCCGAACUUGUGGCAGGUGUUUGAGCUGACGUACAAGUUGUUCAAGGCUGACGCCGUCGAUUUCCUUGAGGAGAUGUUGCCCUCGUUGGACAACUUUGUCUCCUACGGCAGCGACGUCAUCAAGGCCCGUCCUGAAUACCAACAGAUGCUCUUGGACAUCUACACGACUGCGAUGACGAACGAUCAGCUGGGCGAGAACGACCGGGUGAAUGGGUGCAAGCUCGCCGAGUCGAUUCUCUUGAACCUCCGGGGCAGCGUCGACAGUGCAUUGCAAUCGAUCAUCACUGCUGCGCUUAACCAGCUGGACAAGAGCGAGACGGCCUCCCUGCGCCUUGCGAAUCUGGAAGUGCUCAUCAACGCGGUGCUGUACAACCCAGUCGCCGCGCUGCACCUGAUGGAGUCGAUCCAACCCGGUGCUGCGCGCGUGUUCUUCGAUCACUGGUUCGCUGCGAUCAAGGAGCAGGCUUCGAAGCUGCCGCGCGUGCACGACAAGAAGCUGACGAUCGUGGCGCUGUGUGCGCUGCUCGAGAUGGAUCCCGCUGGCGUGCCGGACAGCGUCAAGGACGGGUGGCCCGGCAUCGUCGGCGCCAUUCUGCAGAUCUUCAAGGACCUGCCCAAGGCCGUGCAGGCGAGGAAGGAGCUGGAGGAGGCGGACGACGAGGACGAGGAUGAGUACGGCGAGGAGAAGAUCUUGAACAUGAACGAGGACGACGAAGAUGUCUGGGACGAGGACUCGGCGUACCUGGAGCUGCUUGCCAACGAGGGCGCGCGGCUGCGCGAGAAGACGGCGAAGGUCGAGGCCGGCGAGGACGACGACGACGACGAUGACGACGACGACAUGAUCCAGGAGGAGCUGGGGUACUUCAGCGCCCUGGACAACGUGAAUCCAUAUGUGAGAUUCAAGGAAGCUCUGACGGGCUUCCAGAUGCACAACGGUGCGGCGUACCAGGCGGCAACGACGGCAUUGUCACUCGAGCAGCAGACACUCUUGAUGGAAGUCAUGCGUAUAGCAGAGAUCCCCCAGGCGUGAAACGGGGAGGGGGGUCAUUUGAUCGAUACGAUACGUAUCGAUCGCUCUUCCAUCCAUCCAUCGACCCCAUACACUUUUCAUGGCGCUAUCGUAGAUGACCCACCCUUUUUUUUUUACCUCGCUUCAAUGCUGUUUAUAACGACGAAUGGGUGCGCGCGGGCUCGAUAUAUCUGACCCUUACAAUACAUGGCAGGAAUGGUGCAAUAGGAUAGGAAAUGGAAACGGAAUCAUGAGUCCUGCGACGGUUCGCGCUGUCAGAUGGUCGUGGUGGUGGUGCAUCGAGAGUCUCGGCUCGAGGCUUCCGCUUUACACAUGCCACGGCCCACGCGCGGACGGAUCCUGCGUAUUCACAUUCACAGUAUCAGAUGGCAUUGCGUCGGGCGAGAAACAGUCCGGACUGGCAACAUUCAUUCUGAGAAGUUCUCGUAAACUGUAUCUAUCUGAAAGCACGAGUCUGCUCAAGCCUGGGAACCUGCUGCUGCUCCCCGAAGCGAAGAGGACAUGCACGUGACUGGACUGAAUGUGAGGAUUGUACAGGGAGCAGCAUGAGUCCCACGUAUACACCACGGCAGUCGCACUCCCGGGUACUCGAAGGCGGAUUGAGAUGAGCAUGCGAUCGAUUCGUUCCCCGGGGGCCCGUCUUCUCCUUCUCCUUCAUGUGCUGCAGCUGCAGGCUGCCGUCGGCGCUCAGAGUCGGCUGUACGAACGAACCCCACACCCGGAGGUUAUCUGAUAACCCCGGGGGUGCCUGGUAUCUGAUAUGAUGGGGGAUGGGAUGGUCUAUUAGGUUAUUGUGCUCCACCGGGCCCUCGCCGAGAUCGCCGCGUGCGCUUCUCUUCCGCCUGUGUAGGGGGACCACAAGGGUCGCGGGGCAUGCGACCGGGGGUGCAGACUUGGCUUGUCGGGACGCGGGACGCGCGCACAUGGUCCGGGCCAUGCAUGCGUAUGCGCAUGCAUCGGACAUCCCAUCCCAUCUCGUCUCACAGAAACAGAAACAGAAACAGAAACAGAGCGCGCGAUUGGCGGACGGCGUGGGGAGAUCCACGCGAUCGAGCUCGUCCGUCCGGAUCCAUCCCAUCUUAUCAGUUAACGGGCGCGGAAGACAGUGCGGUAUCUGAUAAUCACCUCGGGCAGGCGACCCCUAUUUCUAUGAGUUCAGACAUGAUUAUGGGUGCGUGCCGCCACUGCUCUGAUCGGACUGCGCGCAGCACGGGAUGGCAUUGCAUGCCGAUCUUCCGCGCCGAGGGCACGGCAUGGCACCGUCGCCGCCCGUGUGUCGUGUCGUGAAUGGCAGGAAGGAAGGCUAUCUGACACCAGCUGGGUGGCUGGCUGGGUUCCAUUUGAUUUGACAGCAGCAGUAGCUUCAGCGUUGCGUCACCGUCCAGUGAGUGGGUGAUGUUCGCUGACCAUUAGCCUCAAACUGAGAGAAUCAGACAGACGAGACAGCGUCCCGGCGCGCGCGGGGCGCACCGCAUCCAAAUCAGGUUCGUGCGCGGGGGGGGGCAGUCAGUCAGUCAGUCAGAUAGCGUUUGGUUUGACAGGAAAUGGCAGUGGAGGGUGGAUCAUCAUCCAUCCAUCCAGAGUGUCUGGCUGUCCUGUCGCGCGAUGUUACGUAGCGCUGCAUGUGGUAACGCCUUCGAAGACUUUACGCGCGCGCGCGCAAGGAGCGAGGGGCCAGGAGAUCACAGGGCGGGAAGCACCUCCCAUCCGCUGCGUAAUGGCUUUAUUAAUGACUCGCCAGCGCGCGGACACGGACGACGCUGCAUCCGGGCCGGCCACUCGCCUCGGCGGUUGGACCAGCGCUGCGAUAAACGCGGCGGCGGGGGCGUGCCUGGGCCUGGCUUCCGCCGGGUGCGCCCUGCGGAGCGCACACGUAAGAGAAGGAGCCCGCGUUAAGCUCCCGGUGCGCAUGGAAUUGUUCUGUGGCUGACGCACCCGUCGCGCGACACGUCAGGGCGUCAGUGCACCUGCACGACGCGGCUGGGUCUCGAUCGGGGGCUCGCUGAGACAGUUGAGGUGAGUCAGCGCGCAGCGAUGCUGGGGUGCUUAUUACGAGAAAGGGCCCGGGUGGCUUCCGGCUAGCGCUGUCUGCUGUCUGCUGGGUCAUCCGGACCCAAAGUCCAACUACACGCAACACGCGAGCGAGCACCGGCAACCACCGCCCUCACGUGUGAUGGCUGAGCACCCAGCACUAGCAUCGCAGCGAAGAAGCGGUGUCGAGUCCCAUGCGCUGAGCGGGCAAGCCACGCCGCCCCUCCCUCCUCGUCAACGGCUCGGAACCACGCUCCGCGAAUCAGGCAGGCAUCUCGCGCCCUGGACUGUGCCGCUCCGCGGACCCACAGCAGUGCCAAGACCCUCCGUGCUCGAUUAGGACUGCGCAUGCACCUCCUCGGAGCUCCCCGAUCUGCCGUGGGCGGGGCAGACUGCCUGCCUGCGCGCGGUGCCCCCAAGCACGACGCAGGAUCCGGAACUAGGGGCGAGGCUAUUCCUCGCUGCACUGGGUUGGGCUGGGCUGGGCACACGGCGCACGCCGUGCCCGCUGGAUCCAGAUCCCGCGCGCGGAUGCAUCUCGCGGGGACCCCCGGGCGACUGUGCGAUCGCGGAUGACUGGACUGGAUACGUGCUUACUCUGCAUCGCAGCCAGUUGAUUCUAGUCAGGGCGCCCCCGGGAUUCAAGCUGGGAAGCCCGCAGGGCGUGCGCAGAAGAUCUCCCUGCAGCAGGCGAAGCGACUCGCCAGACGCCGGUGUUCAUUAGAUGUCCGCUGGGUCCUCCUCCCUUCUUUUACUCCUUUGGCACGGCCCGACUUGGAAUUUCUCUCAUCGAUCAGGCAGCCUGCUUGCCUGCAAAAAAGGUUGAGCCAUGAUUGAAUUGAGUUCACAGGGAGAUGGAUUUGCCAAGUGGAUACAUGCAUACAUAUACAUAUCAAAGCCAAUGCCACAUUGGCUUUUAGGCCGCGCGCAGCGAAUCCCACUUCUCCCGGCGUUCCAAAACGCCCAGCGGUGGCGAUCCCAAGGGUCGACCUCGGGGGCAGUCGCUCCCCGGCGGACUUGACGGGCGGCCGGCUGCCAGCACGAAGCGAGGGAUCGGCGUCUGCCGUAUUCAAAACGACAAAAGGAAAAAGAGAGAUGCUCCACACUGGGACGUCAGUGCAACAACAACGUGCGCGCUCGGCGUGUCGCCUGAUCGCUGUUAGCACCUGAUAACGACAGCACCUGCAAUCUCGUGCGCAACCUGUUGCGACGUGAUUCGGAUUAUUAUUAGUUAGUCGCGGUUUACAGUAAACUAGAUUUUUGGCGCAGCUCAGGGGCCUGAUCCGCUUUCUUGUCACCGUACUCACAUCUUGAACAGUGGCG